AUGCGACCUACAAACAGGCGGAGGUGCAUGGGCAGGGGGGAUCGCGUGGGCAGGCGAAAGCACCUGGCUCACCUCCGCCUCGCUUACCUCCGCCUCUCUCACCUCCGCCUCUCUCACGCUCCGCCUCUCUCAUCCUCCGCCUCUCUCACCCUCCGCCUCUCUCACGCUCCGCCUCUCUCACCCUCCGCCUCUCUCACCCUCCGCCUCUCUCACCUCCACCGCUCUCACCUCCGCCUCUCUCACACUCCGCCUCUCUCACCUCCGCCGCCUCUCUCAUCCUCCGCCUCUCUCAUCCUCCGCCUCUCUCACCCUCCGCCUCUCUCACCCUCCGCUUCUCUCACCCUCCGCCUCGCUCACCCUCCGCCUCUCUUACCCUCCGCUUCUCUCACCCUCCGCUUCUCUCAUCCUCCGCCUCUCUCACCUCCGCCUCUCUCACCUUCGGCGCCCAACAUAAUUCCUCCGCCUCUCUCACCCUCCGCCUCUCUCACCCUCCGCUUCUCUCACCCUCCGCUUCUCUCACCCUCCGCCUCUCUCACCUCCGCCUCUCUCAUCCUCCGCCUCUCUCAUCCUCCGCCUCUCUCACCCUCCGCCUCUCUCACCCUCCACCUCUCUCAUCCUCCGCCUCUCUCAUCCUCCGCCUCUCUCACCCUCCGCCUCUCUCACCCUCCGCUUCUCUCACCCUCCGCUUCUCUCACCCUCCGCUUCUCUCACCUCCGCCUCUCUCACCUCCGCCGCCUCUCUCAUCCUCCGUCUCUCUCAUCCUCCGCCUCUCUCACCCUCCGCCUCUCUCACCCUCCACCUCUCUCAUCCUCCGCCUCUCUCAUCCUCCGCCUCUCUCACCCUCCACCUCUCUCAUCCUCCGCCUCUCUCAUCCUCCGCCGCUCUCACCCUCCGCCUCUCUCACCCUCCGCCUCUCUCACCCUCCGCUUCUCUCACCUCCGCCUCUCUCACCUCCGCCGCCUCUCUCAUCCUCCGCCUCUCUCAUGGGGAGAUACAUCGACAGGGGGUGCCUUUCCCCGCUCUCUCCCACCUUACAACCACUCUUCAUCUUCCCCCCCCUUCCGCCCUUCCUCUAUGUCCCCCUUGCUCAUUUUCUCCCUCCGUGCAUUCCUUGUUCCCUACCGCCGUUGCCCUUCCAUUGUCAUUGUUUUGUAUCCUUUCCCGCUGCUUCAACUUUGA